UUCAGAUCAUGCAAAUCACAUACACAUAACGUGUGCGUUGCUGCAACAUGAAGAUGAAGGCUCUCCUCCCCGUAGCCGCCAUGCUGCUCCUCGUCUCCGGCCAGCUCGCCGCCCCGGUCACCGCCGACGGCUACGUCGGCCAGCUCGCCGUGUUCUGGGGCCGCCACAAGGAGGAGGGCUCGUUGCGCGAGGCCUGCGACACCGGCCGUUACAACAUCGUCGUCAUCACCUUCUACAACGUCUUCGGCUACCAGCGCGGCAGGUACGGCCUCGACUUCUCCGGCCACCCGGUCGCCGCCGUCGGCGCCGACAUCAAGCACUGCCAGUCCAAGGGCGUCCAGGUCCUCCUCUCCAUCGGCGGCCAGGGCGGCGAGUACUCGCUCCCGUCCUCCCAGUCGGCCUCCGACGUCGCCGAUAACCUCUGGAACGCCUACCUCGGCGGCCGCCGCGCCGGCGUGCCCCGCCCCUUCGGCGACGCCGUCGUGGACGGCAUCGACUUCUUCAUCGACCAGGGCGGCGCCGACCACUACGAGCAGCUUGCCCGGCAGCUGCACGGCCGCGGCGUGCUGCUGACGGCGACGGUGAGGUGCGCGUACCCGGACAGCCGGAUGGAGGCGGCGCUGGCGACGGGGGUGUUCGCGCGCAUCCAUGUCCGGAUCUUCGGCGACGACCAGUGCACCAUGUUCCCCAAGGACGCGUGGGAGAAGUGGGCGGCGGCGUACCCGCGGUGCACGGUGUUCCUGACGGUGGUGGCGUCGCCGGAGCAGGACGAGGGGUACAUGUUCCAGAAGGAUCUCUACUACGGCGUGCAGCAGUUCAUCGACAAGGAGCCCAACUACGGAGGGAUCGCCAUCUGGGACAGGUACUACGACAAGAAAGCCAACUACAGUGGUGAGGGCUAAUGCAUCAUGAUCAAUCUCUACCUGCUAUAUAUCUCUCUCAAUAUAUGUAAUGUAAUGUAAUGUAAUAAUAUUCGAAUAAAAUGAGGUCACAAAUUAUAUUAUAAAUAUGGAUCAGACCUCAGAUGAUUUUUUU